UGCGCUCCCGUCCUCCCGCCCCCGUCCCCACCCGUCAGCCAAACCCAUCCCACCACGAGGAGUGAACCAAAAACGCGAGCAACCGAGCAGAGCGAGGAGCUCGCUUGCUUUGCCGUUGCCGACGUCGCCCCCAAUCUCCCGCAUAACGCCGCGGCCGUAGUAGUCCCGAAACCUCCCUCCCCCACAUUGCUUGUCUCCUCCACCUUGAACCCGAGUUUCUCACCCACAUCCACCAGAUCUGCGAGGAGGUAGGAAAGCUCGAUGCCCGAUCUGUGAAGCGGAAGCAGUUAGCUAGUUGUAGUUGAGAGCGGGGGUGGCCACAAUGGGAAGCUCCAGAUUCGUGCUCUUGCUCCUCCUCCUCCUCGCCGUGGCGGCUUGCGUCGCGCGGGGGCAAGGCGGCGGAAACUCGAGCAGCGCGGCGGCGCCGGCGCCGGCUGCGGGGGCGGGGCCGUUCGUGCCGCGGGACGACAUCCUGCUCGACUGCGGCGCGACGGGGAAGGGGAACGACACGGACGGGCGGGUGUGGAGCGGGGACGCCGGGUCCAAGUACGCGCCGGCGAGCCUCGGCUCGGCGUCCGCCGCGGGGCAGGACCCCUCGGUGCCGCAGGUGCCCUACCUCACCGCGAGGGUCUCCGCGGCGCCCUUCACCUACUCCUUCCCGCUCGGCGCCGGCCGCAAGUUCCUCAGGCUCCACUUCUACCCGGCCAACUACUCCAGCCGCGACGCCGCCGACGCGCGCUUCUCCGUCUCCGUCCCCGCCGCCAACGUCACGCUCCUCUCCAACUUCAGCGCCUACCAGACCGCCACCGCCCUCAACUUCGCCUACAUCGUCCGCGAGUUCUCCGUCAACGUCACGACCCCGACGAUGGAGCUCACCUUCACGCCGGAGAAGGGCCACCCCAACGCCUACGCGUUCGUCAACGGCAUCGAGGUUGUCUCCUCCCCCGAUCUCUUCGACAUCUCCACCCCGAAUCUGGUCACCGGGGAUGGCAACAAUCAGCCAUUCCCGAUCGACGCUGGCACUGCUCUGCAGACAAUGUACCGACUUAAUGUCGGCGGCCAGGCGAUCUCCCCCUCCAAGGACACGGGCGGUUACCGUUCGUGGGACGAUGACUCGCCAUACGUUUUUGGUGCGGCGUUCGGGGUGUCCUACCCAAAAGAUGACAAUGUCACCAUUGCCUACCCUAGCAAUGUGCCGGAGUAUGUGGCGCCGGUGGAUGUCUAUGCUACGGCAAGGUCGAUGGGGCCGGACAAGAACGUGAACUUGGCAUACAACCUCACUUGGAUAAUGCAGGUGGAUGCUGGGUUCACAUACCUUGUGAGGCUUCAUUUCUGUGAGAUACAAUAUCCAAUCACUAUGAUCAAUCAGCGGGUGUUCAACAUUUACAUCAACAACCAGACUGCUUUUCAGGGCGCCGAUGUGAUUGCAUGGACUAAUAACAAUGGGAUCGGCAGUCCAGUGUAUCAAGACUUUGUAGUGACAACAGUUGGUUCAGGGGCUAUGGAUUUGUGGGUAGCUCUCUAUCCAGAUGUCCAGGCUAAACCACAGUACUAUGAUGCUAUCCUCAAUGGACUGGAGGUGUUCAAGUUGCCGCUUAGUAAUGGGAGCCUUGCUGGGCUCAACCCUGUUCCAACUGUUGAGCCAUCGUUGGAUGGUGGAGCAGUGAAGAAGUCAAGUGUUGGGCCUAUUGUUGGUGGAGUGAUUGGAGGUCUGGUGGUUCUUGCACUUGGAUAUUGCUGCUUUAUGAUCUGCAAGCGUCGGAGCAGAGUGGGGAAGGACACAGGCAUGAGUGAUGGGCAUUCUGGAUGGUUGCCACUUUCACUCUAUGGCAACUCACACUCAUCUGGCUCAGCCAAAUCACAUACUACUGGGAGCUACGCUUCAUCGCUGCCAUCCAACCUGUGCCGCCAUUUCUCAUUUGCGGAGAUCAAGGCUGCAACAAACAACUUCGAUGAAUCCCUCCUCCUUGGUGUGGGUGGUUUCGGUAAAGUGUAUCGUGGGGAGAUUGAUGGUGGAGUGACCAAGGUGGCUAUCAAGCGUGGGAAUCCACUGUCUGAGCAGGGUGUGCAUGAGUUCCAAACCGAGAUUGAGAUGCUGUCGAAGCUCCGCCACCGUCAUCUUGUGUCACUGAUUGGUUACUGUGAGGAGAAGAAUGAGAUGAUCCUGGUCUAUGACUACAUGGCUCAUGGAACUCUUCGUGAGCACCUGUACAAGACCAAGAAUGCACCACUUACAUGGAGGCAGCGCUUGGAGAUCUGCAUUGGUGCUGCCCGUGGGCUUCACUACCUUCACACUGGUGCGAAGCACACAAUCAUCCACCGUGAUGUGAAGACAACAAAUAUCCUCCUGGAUGAGAAGUGGGUCGCGAAGGUUUCAGAUUUUGGUCUGUCAAAGACUGGGCCAUCGAUGGAUCACACACAUGUGAGCACAGUUGUCAAGGGAAGUUUUGGCUACCUUGACCCUGAAUACUUCCGCAGGCAGCAGCUCACUGAGAAAUCUGAUGUCUACUCCUUUGGUGUUGUGCUAUUUGAGGUCCUCUGUGCUCGCCCUGCCUUGAACCCCACUCUUGCUAAGGAAGAAGUUAGCUUGGCAGAGUGGGCCCUGCACUGCCAGAAGAAGGGUAUUCUUGAUCAGAUUGUUGAUCCCCACCUGAAGGGAAAGAUCGCUCCACAGUGCUUCAAGAAGUUUGCCGAGACUGCUGAGAAAUGUGUUUCAGAUGAAGGCAUCGAUCGUCCUUCAAUGGGAGAUGUGCUGUGGAACUUGGAAUUUGCCCUUCAAAUGCAGGAAAGUGCAGAGGAUAGUGGAAGCAUUGGUUGUGGGAUGUCAGAUGAGGGCACUCCCCUUGUGAUGCCUGGAAAGAAGGAUCCCAAUGAUCCAUCGAUCGAGUCAAGCACCACUACAACCACAACCACGUCCAUAAGCAUGGGCGACCAAAGUGUUGCUAGCAUAGACUCCGACGGGCUUACUCCUAGCGCUGUCUUCUCACAGAUCAUGAACCCCAAGGGACGGUGAGCUAACAGUCUUUGCUUGUCACCUGCAGGCAUUAUUUAUUCUUUAAACGUAUUCUCAUGAGUUUGUGAUGUUGAUUUUCUGUCAAUUUAUGGACCUGGAAGUCAGAGAGUUGUUCCAUAUUAGAUAUUUUUGUUUUGUGCUGUAUAUUGUCCAUGCUGUGGUGACUUGGAUACUUAUUGGCUUUGUAUUGUACUCUACCGCUGGUAUUAACCACCAGUUGAUCUCUAUUACUGUAUACGAAAGCUAUGCGCAAGACCAUCUUCAUUUUCA